AUGGACUCAGAUUUGUUUGACGAGCACAGUGAUUGCUCCAGUGAAUUAUCAGAAACGCGGUCAGAACUCGAAGCUCGUAUCUACAAUAUUAUCCACCAUAACGAUUUUUCAGGGACAUCAGAAUCACCAUUCAUUGAUCCUAAGUACGGUGUAGAGUUCAAUUCCAAUGGUGAAAUAGUCGUAUUUCAAAAAGAUCCAGCCAACAUAGUUAUCAAUACCCCUAUUAAAUUAUCCGAGGUGUGUACAAAUAGAGUUAUACCAACAAUCAUUUUGGAUGACGAUGAUUUAGAAACUUCUAAAGAUAUCAGUAGCAUAAUUGAUAACGAAUUUGCUGAAACGAGCUUAAAAAAAAAGAAGAAGAAGAAAAAGAAGAAAAAAAAUUUAAACGAUGAAAGUAUUGAGGAGUAUAUUAACACUAUUAAGAAUACUGACGCGUUAAAAGAAUAUAAAGAGAAAAGUGGGUUAAAUAAAAUGAAUACUAAAACUAGUAAAAGUGAUAAUGUUGCACUAAACGUUGUUUCUUUUAAUAACGAACGAGCAAUGCCAAUGACAUCUAGUGAAAUUUUGAAACAAUAUCGUAUUGGAAAACCAACUGAAAAUAGUUUGUGGUAUAGGUGCCCGAAGACAUGGACUCCAGAUAUGAUAAAGUUUUAUACUAAAAUUCAAAAGUCAAAACGAAAUUAUGACUGUAGAGAAGUACUAAACAAAAUUAAAGAAAAAUAUGGUUCCAAUCCGAUCGACUGGUCCUUGGACCCUAUGGAUUUAUAUAAAUCUAAUUCAAAUACGCCUAGAAUGAGAUGUAAUAUUUGUAGACAAUUCGGUCAUACUGGGUAUAAUUGCAAGGAUCAAUAUAAACCUCCAAUUUGUAUCAUGUGCGGAGUGGAAGGACAUCAUUUUCAUAGUUGUAAUAAAAAAAUAUGUUUAUCGUGCGGAACUUGGCAAAAAAAUUUUACAAAUAAUUGUAGUAUCUGUUUAUCAAUGAUUAAAGUCAAAUGUAAUAUGUGUAAUGAUGUUGGUCACGAAUCAAGUUAUUGUUCAGAAACCUGGCGUCGAUUUCAUAGUACUAUUUCUACUGCACCAGAACCUGAAAGUAACAAAUUUGCUCAAUCUACUUCUAAAUCAAAUACUGAGUCAAGGCAAUCUAGUACAAGAAAGUCUGAAUCUUCAUCUACAUUAUCUCCCAUUGUUAAACAGAUAAGUAAAAAUAGUCCAAAAUCUGUUGAUUCUGGUAAAUCUAAAAAAGCAAAACGAUUACAAUCCAAGAUAAGACAUUCAAAAACCAAAAAUCAAAGUAAUCUUUCAAUUUCUGAUAAUGAAUCCAUAAAUAUUGAUGUUAAUAUACAAGAUGUUACAUUGAAACGCACUUUAACAAAAAGAAAUUUUUUCAAGAAAAAAAAAUUAAAUGUUAACAGUUAAAUAUAAAAAUUUGAGAAUUGAGAA